GAGAGCGGCUUGCUGGCCGAGGGCGCGGAGGCAAAGCUGAGCUGGGUGCACGCCAUCCGUACGGGCAACAACUACCACUACGCGCGCAGAUGGUCGGCUGCCCCUGAGGCGCUACCGAGUGCCGUGCAGCGUCAGGCGCUUAACCACUUGCCGUACGAGGUUCGGGUGUUCCGUUAUCAGCGCUCAGGAACGAUACCCUUCGUGGAUUGGGAGUCGGGGCGGACAGCGGCGGCGACCUCACAUGAUGGCGAGGAGGUCUUCCCAGCUGAGCCGCUCGUCAGGCCGAAGUUACUGAAGGCGAUGCCGCCGAUCGAUGCUUGCACGGUGGUCAAGGCUUUAGACGUCACCGAGGGCUGGUUGCAGGCGGCGCUGUCUGACCCCAGGUUCAUCCUGAUGAAGGUGGAGGAGAUUGGAGACCUGCCGCCGACGCCCGGGGUGUGGGCCUCCAACUCAGAGUGGGAGCUGCUCGCAGGCAACCUCGUCACGCGCGGCGUCCUGAAGCCCACCGAGUACGAAGAGAUCGUGGAGUUUAGUGGCCAGAAGUUCAUGGGCGGCAUGUUCGGCGUGAAGAAGGGCUCCCACGCGAGGGGCGAGGGCCCCCAGAGUUUGGUGAUGAACAUGACCCCGUCCAACUUCAUUCAGCACACCAUAGAGGGGGACAUGCCCUCACUCCCUCACAACGGCAAGUGGAGAAGUACGGUAUCGCGCCCAGGGAAGCUCUUGCUCUGGAACGCGGAGGACCUGAAGUGCUACUGCUACGUGUACAGCCCGUGCGCCGCCUGGUUGGAGUACUUGGCCUUCUCCAAGCCGGUGCGGCGGGGCGUUGUCGGUCUGCCUGGCACGGGGCUGACAUGUCUGGCAGCCGCGGUGGCCCCCAUGGGCUGGAUCUCGGUUGGCUGUACUAUCGACGACCUUGACGUGCUCGAGAUCACCGACUGGUGGCAGGCGGACCAGCUUCAGGAGAAGGGCAUGAGCGAGUUGGCCGAGAUAUCGAGAGAGAGGGGCCAGAGCUUCGGGGUGCCUCGGAGAGAGAACGAGGCCGUGAUCCAGGAGGUGAAGUCGCAGCCCAGGGGGGAGUCGAUCGACAAAGCUCAGGGCAUGAGCAGGCCCCCCGCCCAGUCCGCGCAGCGCUUGGUCUCUCUCACCAUCGACGCGCUCAGGAGGAGGGGCGUCACGAAGAAGUGGAUGCAAAUCUUGGCGGGCCGCUGGGUGCGUCGUCUGCGCUUCAGGAGGGCGGCGAUGAUGUGCUUCACCGAGUUGUGGCGGCUCUUGGUCCGCAUCAAGGGCCAGGCGUCUUUGCCUGCCACGGUCCGCGAGGGGCCCAUCUCGGCCUUGGCGCUGCUGCCACUUUUGAGCCGGGACCUACGCAUGCCUUUCUGCGGCCUGGUGGCGGUGUCCGACGCCAACGUGCAGAGGGGCGCCGUCUGCCGCUACGUUCUUCUUGGGCUCGUGACGGUCUUUGGCGACGAGCUGGCGCUGAUGUCCCUCUUCGCUGGGAUAGGAGGGGCUCGCAGAACCUUGAACCUCUUGCAUCUCACCCCGGUGCUGUUCGUGGCCGCGAAGAUCGAUGCCGAGGCCAAGAGAGUGACCAAGUAUGCGUGGCCCGAGGUGCUGAAAGUGGGCGACGCGCAGUCCUUCGGGCACGCUGAGGCGAUGGCGUUUCGAGACCGCGUGUCCCACACUAAGUGGAUCCUCCUCAUCGGCGGAAGCCCGUGCACCGACCUCGCUCACAGCAGCGUGGAGCGCGUCGGGCCACAGGGGAGGCACUCAAAGCUGUUCAUUGAGAUCUCCCGCGUCCGCCUGCUCCUGGGGGAAGUGCUGGGUGAGCUUUGUCGGCUCGUGACUCUGAUCGAGAACGUGGUCUCGAUAAAUGCCGAGCCGCGCACCUUUAUGUGCGAGCACCUCGGCCACCAACCACGCCGUGUCGAGGCUGGCGGCGUCGCGCACCGCUAUCGCGCCCGCUCGUACUGGUUCGACGAGAGCCUACUGCGCGGGUGGCAAGGCGACGUCUCCGUCUUCGAGGGCGUCGAGAUGAUCCAUAUGCCUGGGGGUCCUAGCCAGGUGAGGUCCCAGUGCGCGGCAGAGGCGUGGAUCCUGGCACACGGGACGGUGAAGUUUAGGUACUUGCACGCCGUCCCCUCGGUGGUGGAGAUGCGCGACUUUGGUGGCGGCGCCACGAUCGAGGAUGGUAGCGUCGCCUUCAACGACGUCACCCACGUUGAAGGCGUGCCCAUCGAGCAGCAGAACCUGGAGGAGCCGGACGCGGCGCUGGACCCGAGCUUCGUGAUCGUGGAGGGGCUGGCGCGUCGAGCACAGGCUCGUGGCAGCGACAUCAGGCUGGACACCUUCGAAGCGACGCAGCCAGACCGGCGGCCCAGGAGGCCGCUCAGCGGGGCCCGCUGGACCUGGCCCGCGACCGCCAUCGGGGAGUGGAAAAGACCAUCACGCAUCACGGACCUCGAGGUGCGCGCAACGCUGGG